AUGGAUCAAAUAUUUAAUAAAGUUCAUACUGUAGACCCUAAUAAUGGUGAAGCAGUGAAAGAAGCGCUUACAGUGUUUUUUCAAAAUUUAGUGAAACAGAAAGAAUUUAAUUGCAACAAAUGGCUACGCGAGUUGAAAACCAUAAUAAACCGGUUUCCUAAAUACUGUAUGUCACAUCGUUCAAACACAGAAGCUUAUAUAGUUCAUUUCAUUAACUCCAACAAUUAUUUCAAUGUUAUUGAAGCAGCCAAAUGUGCACAUGCCUUACAGCAGGUGAGGCCCACAAAAGAAAAGACGGCUACACCAACGUCAUGUUGGCGAGAUCAAAUGACUCUAUUAUGUAACGCCGCACACACUCUCCUCAGCGCUGUAUUCCCUGAUGCAGUAGAUAUGUAUAAAGAUAGUGAAAUGUCAGAAAUAGCGGCAAAAUCACCUCUGUCUGUAGCACUUACAGAAAUAACAAAGAAAUUCAAAAAUUUGAAAGACAAACAGUCAUUGUUACAUAUAAGGUUAAAAAAUGUAUUAAUCUUCAUUCAGGCUAUGUUGGUUGAAAUGUAUCCAGUAGCAAAACCUAUUCGGCCACAGAUAAUAUUAGAUGUUAUAAUCAGAGCACUCAGUGUUACCAGUGGUACAAAUAUUGAUGUUAAUAUUGCCUCAGUGAAAAUACAGUCACUAAGAACUUUAGAUGCAUUAAUUAUGUGCCUAGGUGCAAACUUGAUACCUUUCUCUCCGCUAAUCAUCAGAUGCGUGAUGCAAACAUUGAGAUGGAGUUCAGAGAAUGCUGGUGAAGAACAAAGGAAAGUAAGGUCAACAGCAUACAACACUCUUACAAACUGGUUGAACACAUUACAUGUUCAUAGAGCUUCGGACAAUAGAAAUCAGUGGGAAGACGAACUAACAACUCACAUUGUUGAGGACAUCACACCACCUAAGAAAGUGGUUCAACUUACUAUGGGUCCACAGCCAACUAAACAUCUCAGUAAGAAAGCGAAGCGAAAACUAGCGACAACUCAGAUGCAAGAAAGUUCAAUUGCCGCCCACAUGCCUGGAGAGAAGAACAAAAUUGUCAUAUCCGAAGAAAUAAACAAUGAAGUGGCGAUGGCCGCUUUAGAGUGCUCGGAAAUGUUCUUAACAGUUUGUGGUAGAUUUCUAAAACCUGCAACUCAUAAGCUAAUUCAAGAACGAAUAGUACGCGAGUGCUACAACCAUACAUCUUACACCGACAAUCAUUUGAUUUACUUACUGAGGGUUCUAGAAAGUUCUCGUAAAACAACGCCACUAAACGUGCCACCUCCUACACAGUACUGCCUGCAUUUGUACAGUACACUUGUAAACAUGCAAAGUAUAGAGAUAUCAAAAUUCUGUACCCAAGCAUUACUAGACAUAAGGCUCCAUUUACACUGUUCACCGCCAUCGAUUAACUUCGCGAUAGAAGUACCCCAGGAAACUGAGAAACAAUCAAAUUUGAAACAGAUAUCAGAGUUGAAUAGGACCGUUCUGCAAUCUCUAUUAGGAGCGACCAAAUUGCCUGGAAUAAGCACUGAAAAUGAAAUAAUAACUAUACCAGAUGAGCCUUCAAACAAGAAGCCUCGUUUAGAUAUAGACGAAUCUGAUAAAAUAAGUUUGAGCAGUGAAUCAGUACAAUCUCUUGGAAAUAGCGAUGAAUCGGGUGCAGAAAAUAUGGAAAUCGAAGUAAAUGUUGAACUAAAUAAUACAAACGAUAGUAAUAAUGAACCAAUAAUACUUAAUGAAAGUACUGAAAAUGGAGAAAACGAUAGCGUUACAAUGGACGAACGAGACAAAUCUCCAAAACAAAUUGAGCCUACAAAAGAAAGCGUUAAUGAAACUAAAGAGCAAGAAAAAGUACCCAUUCACGAAAUAACUACCCAAAUAGACUUUAAUACGUCCACUGAAACAAUUGAACAUGAAAAGCCUUCACAAGAAGUAGGUUACGAUUUUGUAAACGCUGAAACGAAGCAAGUAACAUUUCUAGAAACAAAUUAUAAUGAAAUUUUACCUAGUAGUAAUGAAACAGAUGAACUAAUUCCUUGUGGACAAAGGGUCGCAGAUACAGAGGAAAUAGACGUUGAAAAGAAAAUAGAAUCAGAACUCCAAUUGGACAUUUCUAAAGUUAAUGGUAUUGAAAAUGGGAUAAAAGAAAAUGGAUAUUUUCCUGAUGAUAUAAAUAAUGAAGACACUGAUAAUAAUAAAACAAGCACAGAUAAUGUUACAGAUACGGAUAAUGCAAAUUCAAAGGUUGCAAAAAAUGAUGGUAUUUCUGUUGAAGAUAUGCUUGCUGAUUUCGUUGAUGAGGUGGUUGAUGUACCAAUGGAAGCUUAAUUUUUAUUAUUUAAUCAACAUUUAUAUAUAAUGAUUGCUUAUUUGUGCCAAGAAUAAACGCAUUUAACCAGAA